CUCCCCCGCUCCCCACCCCUUCCCCCCUCCCCCCACCCCCGGCCUCCCCCUCCCUCGUGCUCUCGCGCAGGGCCGGGCCGCCCGCAGUCCCGAGCGAGGCAGCCGGCGCGCCGCCGCCCCCUUGCCCUGCGCGCCGCAGCCCCGGCCCGGCGGGCGCGGGGAGCCGAGCGGACAGCGAGCGCGGCCGCCGCGGAGCCGGCACCUGGAGGCCAUGGAGGACUUCCAGAGGAGACGAGAUGAUCCAUGAACUGGGUCUGGAAGCAAGACCGUGUCUUUCACGCUGGCAAAGGUGUAAAGCCUGGGGAAGAACACUUACCUGUGCCGCUCACGCUCAUUCCCUGGGGACUUACACACCUCAUGGCUGGAGAUGUUUCUCCCCGAUGAAAACGAAACCUGCUUCGCAAACACAAAGAAUGUUUUCAGUGAUUUUAAUUCCCCUUCAUGCUUUGGAGCGUGAUUCGGAGCGGCAGGAAAGACCGGCAGAGACCAGUGCCAAUGUGGAUGACUCGGCACCCCCCUCGGUGGCCCAGCUGGCUGGGCGGUUUAGGGAGCAGGCAGCCGCUGCAAAGGAGACACCAGCCUGUAAGCCAACAAGAAGGAAACCACCCUGCUCCCUCCCCCUGUUCCCCCCCAAGGUAGAGCUGGGCCAGAACGGUGAGGAGAAAUCACCGCCCAAUGCAAGCCACCCUCCUAAAAUCAAGGUGAAGAGUUCGCCUCUGAUUGAGAAGCUUCAGGCCAACUUAGCUUUUGAUCCAGCAGCCCUGCUGCCUGGUGCCUCACCCAAGAGUCCUGGACUCAAGGCCGCGGUGUCACCAUUCCAGAGCCCGCCGUCCACCCCCAGCAGCCCUGGUGUGCGGUGUCAGGCUGGCGAGCUGGAGGAGGUGCCGGUCAGCUUUGACCAGCCUCCGGAGGGCAGCCAUCUGCCCUGCUACAAUAAGGUGCGGACGAGGGGCUCGAUAAAAAGGCGUCCUCCCUCCAGGCGAUUCCGAAGGUCUCAGUCAGACUGUGGGGACCUGGGAGGUUUCAGGGCCCCCGAGUCAUCCCAGGAGAAUGGUGCCAAGGAAGAGAAUGGGGAUGAGGUGUUCCCAUCCAAGAGCAAGGCCCCGGGGUCCCCGCCGCCCAGCGAGAAGCCGGUGGGGGAGCUGGGGUCCCAGGAGAAGCCUCCUCUGAGGAGGAUGUCCAGCAGGACGGAGAAGCAGGAGGAGAAGGGCAGGGCCCCGGGGGAAGCCCAGCAUCACCAGGAGGCUGUGGGGGGCUCUGAAGAGGAGGCCGGCACCCGUCCAGCCAAGGAGGAGGCCGUUCAGCCAGCCCCGGCCUCCAACCCGGAGGCAGCGAACGGGUGCAGGAGCCCCACAGAAGAAAAACCAGCCGGGGAACAGACAGAAAAGUCUGCAGAGGUGAAGGAGGAGAGGGCAGAAAAUGAAGAGGGUGAGCCCGGGCAGAGUUGCCAAGACACAAAGGGGCUGGCGGAGGGAGCUGCGGGGGAGGCCCCACCGAGCCCCCCUGGAGGAGUGGAGGGCGGCCACAGCUUUGAGCAGGGGAGAGGCGAGGAAAAGGACCAAGAGGGGGCCGUUCUGGAGCCAGGCUGCAACCCCAGCGAUGAGGCCCCCAAGACAGAGGAUGACACUCCUGUCCAGGACACUAAAAUGUGAAGAGCUCCUUGUGCCUAGUGAUGCAGCUGCUGGAGACCUCUCUUUAGAAGUAGCAGCAAGAGUAGUAGCAGCAAAUGAAGCCAAAGCAGAAUUUCGUGGAGGGUCGGAGGCAGCCUGAAGACAGAGCGUGUUAUUUCCAGGCCUCCACGCUGAACGUCCCCUUGCACACAGAGAUCCGGCAGAGGGCAGCAGCCUUUUAUCAGCCUGAGUUUGUGUCACUUACCGGACUUGGUUAAAAGCAGACAAACAAAAAUUAUUUAAAACAAUUUACUGUGGUGACAACUCCCAGGAAUACUGGUCAGCUGCGGGGCCUGAAUCCUAUCCACACCCACCUGUCCCUGUGGCUGACGUCGGAACUGGAUUCUGAUUUAGCUAAUCAGAUUUUGUUUGUGUAAAGCGAUAGCCUUUUUACUGUUCUGACAAGUUUUUAUGAUUCUCAGAUGUAAGUAAGAACUAAUUUCAGACCGGCUAGGAACAAAAGAAAAUAGAGUCGCUGGAAAUAUAAAUCCUGUAAGUUACAGAAGACCUUACAUUUUAUCAAGACCCGGAGACAGCCUCUCAGCUUCAUCCAAAUUUGAACUGGCCAGCCAGUUUUUAAUCCUUGGACUGGAAAGAGAUACUUACUGCAACAUUAAAAAAAUAGGUAUCUGUUCCAUCCAGAGGGAGCUUUUACUUUUGGGUAGUUUUCUAGUUGUUGGUACACCGGGAGGUGACAGGCUUAGCCGUCCCUCUUCUGCCGAGGGGGAGGGGGGAGGAGGUGGAGGCAGAGAGCAAACCUCAUGGAGAAGCAGAUGUCAAGAGGUUUCACGGCUCCGUGCGCUGCAUUUGCUGUGUGCAGAGCAAGGAUUCCUUAACGAUGCCUGCCCUCGGCCUGGAGGGAUGAGAUUUGCACUUCCAGGAGGAGAUCUUGAGCAUGGAGUAGAUCUUUCCUGGGAGGUGCUUUGAGCAUCAUAUUUUGAAAGGUACAAAACUAGAACAUCCUUCCUAGAUUCCCUGGGAAGCUGCUCUGGAAUCAAAGCCCGGGCUCUCUUUCCAGACUCAGGAGGAGGGUUGGGUCUUCAGUCUGUUCUCACUGGGUAGCUUUCGCUUUAAUGUUCUUGGUGGAAAGUGCAGGGGCUUUGCAAGGAACAGGGGCCUGACUACCCGUUCCUUGACUAAUACCCUCCUCCCCUCUUGAUGCACUCGUGCCCAAAGAGGUCAAUCCACAUAAAUGUUUAAUCUUUAGGGUUGGUUCUUACUCAGGUUCGAGUAUUUCAGUGUCUCGUUGUGCUGAUGAGGUAGGUGGGCAGUCGUUUUUCUGGAGGCCUGUUAGACCACCUCCUACCCUGACUCAGAAAAUAGUCCUCCAGACCAAGGGCCUUAUGUCACUGCUGGUACCUCUAUGUUUUCAUCCUGUUACAGUUUUCCUAAUGCCAGAAUAGUGUUAAUACUUGGGAUAUAUAUUUUUUCAAAACUAUUUUUAAAUACAUGCAUCUUCUAAAACUUGUAACAUAGUCAAGCCCAAUAUUAGAAGUUUUAUGUUUUCACAGAGUUUUGGGAGAUGUGUGUUUCAGUUAAUUUGAGGUCUAUAUAAUGUAUAUCUGUCCAUCCAAUCAUCUAUCUAUCUGUCUAUCUAUCAUCAACAGAGAUGUAUACCCCCCCCUCCCCGCAAACGAUUAUAUAUGUCUUUGGGUUAUUUCUACACGCACGCAUAUUCAGACCAGAGUUUAGUGAAUGUGUGCAUGAUUAUGAGCAUGUGUGACAUAAAGGGGACAUCUGCCACUUUCCUUGACUUGAAAAAGGACUGGAACAGAAAGCAUGGGAUGUAGAUGUGAAGAUGAAACUAUUUUUUGUCUGGAGCGGCUACACCUUACAGCAGCAGGUGAGUAAGGAGCAAUACAAAAUGACAGGAAUGUGACACGGAAGGAGCAGGUGUGAUGGGGUCAGAAUACCUUUCUGUCUGCCUGGGUCCCUAUUAGUCACAUUCCUGAAUCUCUUUUGUGAGAAAGCAGAGACCCUAUUCCCAGAGGUUGUCAUUAGUGAUGGGGGCUCUCAGCAGGGAGUUCACAAAGUGCAGGAACCUCAGAACCCCGGGUCCCGCCACAGGCUAGGCCAGCUGGUUAUCACCCUCCUCUCCCGAAACAACUCUGAUGAUGUGUUGCAUUUGCAGAUCUGGGAUCUCAAAGGUGAGGAUCAAAGGAAUCUAUGGCUGUCUUAGAUAGCUCCAGGUCCUUACCGGGCCAGGAAGAUUGUGUUUCCUUCGGGCUUCCCUAAUAGGCUUGAAAGAAAACACUGAUUCUUCACAGCUACAAGGCUAAAGAAAGGGGGCAGAGUCCCUCCUCCUGUACCUCUGUCAUCCAGCUUGAAUUUUAAACUGUAUCCUCCCUUUCUCCAGAAACGGAGCAAGGAAAAAACCCCGGAUGCUUUGAAAGGAUGUGCCCGUGUUUACUAGGGGGCUGUGACACUGUUUCAGUUGCAUGUGGAACCAGAUAACCAGAUGACCACAAGAAGCCCCGGGGUCUGAGCCCUCCAUUCUCCUCACUGAGGUCACCCUGAACCACGUUGGUUUGGGCCUGUGAUCAGUAGACUAGACAAUAAAUAUAUGUCCAAUAAAAGGAAGAAACUAGUGGACAGGCAA